AUGGCAGCACCCCAGAUUGGAGAUCUCAUCAAGUUUGCCGAGCUCGGGUGGCAGGUCUACAACUACGGCUGGAGCGACGAGUUGAAAGCCAGCCGCCAGUACCUCGAGUUUGGCCGCGAUGUCCAGCACCUCGCAGAGUCGCUUGAGAGCCUCUCGCACAUCAUCAACGCGGCCAAAGGCUCAUUUCACAGCCAUGGCCUCCCGCCUCCCGACGAGCCCCCUUGGGAUGAGACCACGCUGCUCGAGAUCAUCGGCGACUACAAUGCUACUCUCAACGAGUGUGCCCGUCUCAUCAACGAAAACCGCACCUACGCCAGGGCCACGGCCGGGCCUAUCGCCAACGUUGUGUGGAACAUCAUGGUCCAGCCCAAUGUCGAGAAGCUACGCAGCCGCAUCGUACUACACAACACCAAGAUCCAACACAUACUAAAGCCUUUUGAGAUGGACUUGCGCCUGCGCAUCCACAGCGACCUUGCGCGCCGUAUCCAGAAAGUCGACGCCGCCGUACAAGGCGUUCACGACGAGGUCCGCCGCAUGUGCGCUGACCUUCAUACCUUAAUGCGCGCCUUUGACCCCCAGCUGCUCCCCGACGCCCAACCCACAACCGAACCAGAGCUCCACGGAGUGCCUAUUCCGGACAAGGCAAGGCAGGCCCUAGAGCAAGUCUAUGCUAACUCCGAACCCUCAGGCUUUGACGAGCCAGGCCUCCGCGAUCUCGCCGACGCCUUCAUGCGGAGCUUCGACGCCUCGACCAGGCGCUUCCAGCCCGAGCAAGACUGGAAUAUACCCCCGGAAGAGCAAUACUGGGCCCUCCUGACGAGCCAGUUUUUGAUGGACAAGAUAAUUGAGUCAGGCGAGUUUCGCGGUGAGGCUGCCGUCGAUACGUCCCAUUGGCCUCGGUACAUCCAAAGCUUGCAACAGAAGCUCUCCGCGGAGUCCCGUCGUUUCAGGCAGCACAUGGCUGCCCCCGUUCUCACGACGCCCGCGCCGCCGAUAUGGAUCUGUGAAGAGCUGCCCGCCUACAUCGAGUCGGCCAAGCUUCCAGUCGCCAUGGAGCUUUUGCUCGAAAUGCCCCUCGAGACAAGCACGCAGCGCCGCUGGCGCAAGCUGAGACUGCUCCGUUACUGCGACGGCACUGACAGGCGAUUCCGUCUCGUCAUCACUGCGGGGGACCGUGACCGAGACCGAGGAGAGAAGCCGCCGUCAGAGACACGCCCAAUCGAGUUUAACAUUGCGACUGCCUUCCUCAUCCCUCGUUAUGCGAGCAUCUACGGGGGCGAGCCACUGGAGCUGAUCCUCAAGGUGCGGGACGAGAUGCAUCCGCUCGUCUUCUCUUCGCCGUACGACCUGUACAGGUUCCAGCAAGCUCUGACGGGCUACGAGGUGGUAGAUCAGUACACGGCCUACCGACUGCAAGUUAUUUUUGUCCUGAGUUCCAACCAAAAGGUCAAGGAGUUUGCAGCAUUACAGCUGUGGCGUCCCAUGCGCCUCGAAGGUGAACGCGUCACCAAUGAUGGCGCAACUGAUAGCAUACCCCUCAGUGGUGUGAACGACAGCUCCAGGUUGAGCAUAGCAUCAGCAGAGACCAUCCGGCCGUUGCAUCCAUCGCUGACGCAGAUGUCAUCCUCACCCCGCUCGCAAGCACGCAAUUCCACGGCAUCCGUGGCCGGAGCUAGCUUCGCCCAAAACUUCCAGACCGCCGGAUCGAGGGCAUCUGCGUGGUCAGCCACCACCGCUGCCAGCACCACCGCCAGAUCAUGGAUGUGGCAGCAGAAUGACAACGCCGCCGCUAAUCCUGCCGCCGCUAAUCCCGCUGCAGCCAAACCCGUCCGCACCGGCAGCAUGCUCUCGUCCUUCUCAACCGCCAGCUACACCACGAAGCCCGUGUCGGUCGUCGCUGGCGCCAACGUCGCCACAACAGGCACCUUGCACUGCAAGCCGACCGAGCCCCGGCUGGUCCUCUUCACGCAAAACUGCGAAACGAAGGUCCACGGCUUCGUCUCAGUCGCGAUCGACCAAAAGACGGCCGCCAACUACAAGGCCUGUGAAUGCACUAGCGACCUCAACUGCAAAAAAGCCUUUCUCGAGCGCGGCACCGGCGGCACCAGCCAGCCCCUCACGGUCCUUCGGCUCGGCGGCUGCCCCAAGGCCAACGGUAUACCCGCGCCGUGGAACCUCCUCCCUCUCGCGGAACCGUUACGCGCCUUCGCCGGAACAGCCGCUCGCAACAGCAAUCCCAACAGCAAGGCCUGGCGCAAGGUGAUCCGCAUCAGCAUGUGCUUUGAGCAGGUCAACCUUCGCAAGGAGUUCUCGGGGUGGCCGUGCACGUGUGCCCCGGCUGCGACCGAGGGCCGGCUCAUGGAUUGCUUGGGGCAGUGGCACCGCGGCCGUCUGGGGUUCGUCAAGGAGGUGUCGCGUCGCGAGAGGGUUGAGUGGUAUAACCUGAGAUACCAAAACUCGGUGCAUGUCGAGGAUAGACGGCAGUUGCCGGGCGCCAGGCAGGGAUAG